AUGGCCAUUAUGACUUCUAGCUUCAUCACGACGAUCGCAGAGAAUCCUGUCGGUAUCUUUGAUGGGCCGGCGGCUCAUUCGAACUCCUCCUUGGCGCUAGUAAAGUCGUAUGUGGAUGGUGUCAUCCAAAACCAGAAGGCCGAGGAUGACAGCAAGACCUUGCUUGAUGAGAUUACUGUGGAUGGCUUGGACGCCAACCAAGUGUGGCAGCAGGUUAAAAUGAUCAUGGAAAGCAGUGGCUCGAAGCUGUUGGAGAAGAUCGGAGAUUUAAGAGAGCCAUCUGAUGAUGCGCUCGACAGCGAAAGUGAGGGCGAUGAAGAGUUAGCUUUAUCUGGUAGUGAUCUCGAAGGCCCUGCUUUCGGGGAAGACGAAGAGGAAGAAGAAAACGAAGAAGAGGAUGAAGAACAAGAGGAAAAGGAAACACAAGAUGAAGUGGAAGAAGAAGAGAGCAGAAGUGAAAGUGCCGCUGAAGAGGAAAGAAAUGAGGAAAGUGACGAGGACGACGGUGAGAUAGCGGACAACUUGAACUCUAAAAGUGAUAGUAUCCAAACCGGUGAAAUAGCAGACAAUUCUGACCACGGAAAAAAAUCAGAUAAACACGGUUUGAACGAUGAAUUUUUCGACAUCGAUGAAUUUAACGAGCAGACUCUCAAGGCUGAGAAUGAGGAUGUCAAUGAAAAUGAUAGCUUCGAUUUCUUUGCGAAGAUGUCCUCUGAAGAAGACGAGGAAGCAGAAUAUUACGACGAUUUCUUCGACAAACCGAAGACGAAAAGCCGCUCUGAAGGUGACAGCGCUAAGAGAUUAGCGACUGAGGGUGAUCACGAGAGCUCAGAGAAUGAUUAUGAAGAAGAAUACGACCGCGCCAUGGAGUCAGCCAAGCUUGACUUAUUUGCCGAUGUCGACGAUCAGGAUGAUUCUGGUGAAGAAAGAAAUGACGCCGAGGAGCUGUCAACGUUUCAGCGCCAGCAACUUGAUAUCCAACGUCAAAUUGCUCAACUUGAGAAGGAAGCUGUUGCUGAGAAGAAAUGGGCUCUCAAGGGUGAAGUGAAAGCCAAAGACAGGCCUGACGACGCUUUAUUGAGUGAAGACCUUGAAUUCGAGAGAACUUCGAAGCCCGUUCCUGUUAUUACGGCUGAAGUGACCGAAUCUUUGGAAGAUUUGAUUCGUAGAAGAGUUUUACAAUAUGAAUUCGAUGAUCUGGCGAGAAAGGUUAUCUCCAGCACAUCCUUUUCGACCCCAAAACCAAAGUUUGAUCUAAGUGACUCGAAGUCCUCGAAAUCGCUGGCGGAACUAUAUGAGGAGGAUUACAAAGGCUCUUCACAGAGUACGGAAAUCUCAGAAGAGCUUCAAAAGGCUCAUGAUGAAAUUUCAGAACUUUACAACGACUUGAUGUAUAAGCUGGAUGCUCUGUCUUCAGCGCAUUUCAUUCCGAAGCCAGCUCAAAAGCAGUUGGAGGUAAAGAUCCAGAGCGCUGCUAUAAACAUGGAAGAUGCCCAACCGCUCACAAUGUCAACAGCUUCCACGCUCGCGCCUCAAGAAAUAUAUAAACCUGGUGCCUCUCGAGGUACAAACGAAAUUUCGUUGAAAAAUGGUGCGGUCAUGUCAAGAGAUGAGCUCUCUAGGGAAGACAAGAAUAGAUUAAGACGUGCGCUAAAAAGGAAGAGAUCGAAGCAGUCUCAAUCUAGAUCAGAACAGUCAAAGAAGAAGAGCAAGCGCGAUGACGUUAUCGAAUCUUUGUCUCAAGCCAGAAAUGUGACAAUUAUUGGCAAGAAGGGUGAGAAAACAGACGUUAAAGGUAACGCGAAAAAGACCGCGACAUCAGAGACGAAGGAUUACAAGCUAUAG